CUAGGCUAGUCAGCUGCAACCGGGAUGCAAGUGACUAGUGGUCUCACCUCGUAGGCCAGUUGCACUCGGUGCUUCUAACGUGUCGCGAGAGAGAAACGAACAUAACAACUCUCUUUUAUCUUCUAUUACCAUUUCGCGAUCGAUUCUUUAAUCUUUGAGAUAAAAAGAAGAACAAGAAGAAGAAGAAGAAGAAGAAGAGGAAGAGAUAAAGAUAAAAAGAAGUUUAGAUCGAUUGAAAGUUCGAGAUUAAGAUUUUUCUUCUGGCGUCUCAUUGUUUCCCACAAAUCGGAUGAUAUUAUCGAGGGCCAAUCGUGCGAAGCAUUAUUUUUUUUUUGUCGAACGAGAGUAGAUGGAUAUCGAUAACAAGAGAAACAGAGAGACAAAGAAAGAGAGAAAAAGAGAGAGAGAGAGAGAAAGAGAGAAAAUCUUGUCUGGUUAUCGAUAGUCGUGCGAAUGCGCAAAGGCAAAACGAUAUCUCGUUUGCGAUACAUACCACGCAUGCGUAGAAAUAUAAAAGCACCCCAGUUGGUUUUAGUACGCGUCCACACCCCCGACGACGAAGAGAGACUAUGUCCGACUAUCGAUCCGUCUUUCUAAUAUACUCGGAACAUUUAAAAUCCAACAUCAAAACCAAAGACGCCAUUCAUCGGCUCGUCUGACGAUGCAGGAUAGGAACGUCGACGUUCAAGAGGGCAUAAGAUUUCGGAGCGUUCGCAGAAGGCUCUUUCAAGAGGACGAAGAAAUAGGAGGUGGUCGAACGCGUGAUUUAAACACUGGCAUUGAGGACAACGUUGCUAAUUGCUUCUUCGAGGAGGUCCGCAAACAUCGAGAAGAGGCUAAAAAAAGAUGGAACUUCGAUUUCGAGAAGGAAAUACCACUGCCGGGUAAUUACCAAUGGGUAAAACUUGACCGAGAUGGGAACGAAAUUCCAAUGAUCACGGAAGCCCAGAACAAAACUGAGAAGAUGGAAAGGAAUAAGAAUGACGUCGAAAAAGAGGAGGAGCAAGAGAAACAGGAAAAGGAAAAGGAAGAGGAAGAGGAAAAGAAGGAGAAGGUUAAGAAGAAGGAGAUGAGAAAAAAAAAAGGAGAAGAAGAAGAGAAGGAGGAUAAGGAAGAGGAGAAGGAGGAGGAAGAAAAGGAGGAUGAGGAUGAGGAACCACCGGAAGAGAAAGAAGUUGAUGGGGACGAUAAAGCUGACUCGAGAAAGCAAAAAAAACGAAAUAAUUCUCGCGUAGUCGACAUUUUAUGAUGAACUGCGAAAAAAUGAACCACCGUGAUAUUACUCGUAUUUCUAAGAAAGGAAGAAAGUGAGAAAUAGAGAGAGAGAGAGAGAGAGAGAGAGAGAAGAAAAACAAAAAUAAAUUAAAAAGAAAAAAAAAAA